AUGAAACUCGAAAGUACACGUGGUGUGGUGGAGAAGCAUGUGGAGAAAGAGGUUGUUGUCCAUGGAAUGAUUUUGUGGACAGAAACAGCAAGAAGAAAGGUUGAAAAUGGAGAAGAAAGGAAGAGAAAGAUGGAGCAAGAAAAGGAGAGAAAAACAGAGAGUGAAUCAGAGAAAGAAAGGCUUGAAGGGCUUCCAAUAGAGGACAGUCCCUACGUGCAAUACAAGGAUCUGGAGGAUUAUAAGCAACAGGGUUAUGGCACGCAGGGUCAUCAAGAACCAAAGACAGGUCGUGGUGCUGGAGCCACUGAAGCACCCACUCUUUCUGGUGCUGCACUUUCCUCUCAGUCUGAAGCCACUGCCACUGGUGCAAAUAAUCACAAAGGGGUUCCUUAAUUAACACCACCUCCUACUACACUGCAAUACCUCAAUAACAUCUUAGUCAUUUGUAUUAUUACACGUUUUAAAUUUGCGUUUCUACUUUUCUUCACAUGUUGGAUAAAUCCUUUUCUUUUUUGUUGCAAAUUUAGAUUUUCUCAGGAUAGGAUGAUGAUGUUGUUGUUGUGAUACCAUGGAUCCAAAUCAUACUUUUUUUUCUUAUUACA